UUUUGUUCUUCUCGUGGUUCCAGUGGGGAGAGAAGGAGGAAGCAGGGAGCGGGGCGGUUGGGGGGGGACCCGCCGCGGCUGCUGCCACCGCCGCCACCGCCGCCACCACCGCCCCUGUGCUCGUGGCGUGGGAAAGGAGGUGUGAGUCCCGGGCGCGAGCCGGCGGCGGCGGCGCCGCUGCGGGAGGGUCGGCGGUGGGAAGGCGAUGGCGGAUAUAGAUAAACUCAACAUCGACAGCAUCAUCCAACGGCUGCUGGAAGUGAGAGGGUCCAAGCCCGGUAAGAAUGUCCAGCUGCAGGAGAAUGAAAUCCGAGGACUGUGCUUAAAGUCCCGAGAGAUCUUUCUCAGUCAGCCUAUCCUACUAGAACUUGAAGCACCACUCAAAAUAUGUGGUGAUAUCCAUGGGCAAUACUAUGAUUUGCUUCGACUUUUCGAGUACGGUGGUUUCCCACCAGAAAGCAACUACCUGUUUCUUGGGGACUAUGUGGACAGGGGGAAGCAGUCACUGGAGACUAUCUGCCUCUUACUGGCUUACAAAAUCAAAUAUCCCGAGAAUUUUUUUCUUCUCAGAGGAAACCAUGAAUGUGCCAGCAUCAAUAGAAUUUAUGGAUUUUAUGAUGAAUGUAAAAGAAGAUAUAACAUUAAACUAUGGAAAACUUUCACAGACUGCUUUAACUGUUUACCGAUAGCAGCCAUCGUGGAUGAGAAGAUAUUCUGCUGUCAUGGAGGUUUAUCACCAGAUCUUCAAUCUAUGGAGCAGAUUCGGCGAAUUAUGCGACCAACUGAUGUACCAGAUCAAGGUCUUCUUUGUGAUCUUUUGUGGUCUGACCCCGAUAAAGAUGUCUUAGGCUGGGGUGAAAAUGACAGAGGAGUGUCCUUCACAUUUGGUGCAGAAGUGGUUGCAAAAUUUCUCCAUAAGCAUGAUUUGGAUCUUAUAUGUAGAGCCCACCAGGUGGUUGAAGAUGGAUAUGAAUUUUUUGCAAAGAGGCAGUUGGUCACUCUGUUUUCUGCACCCAAUUAUUGUGGAGAGUUUGACAAUGCAGGUGCCAUGAUGAGUGUGGACGAAACUCUAAUGUGUUCUUUUCAGAUUUUAAAACCUGCAGAGAAAAAGAAGCCGAAUGCCACGAGACCUGUAACACCUCCAAGGGUCUGUUUUCCAAAGAUGGAUUAUAAUACGGAUGCUCAUGUUUGUGGAGUUCUAACCGGGAUGAAGAAAGAUGAGCAGUAAUUGAUUAUGUCAAAGGCAGAUUUCAUGUGCUAUUAAUCUGUGCCCUGGACGUUAUCAUUUGUGUCACUUGUAGGAUUUCAAAAUUCUGUAGUUAUAAAAUUGGGCUACUCUACUCAGGUGAUAGAGCAUGGAGUGUGGUGGCUUGCUUAAAUUCUUUCAGAAAGAACACAUAGCUCCAGGUAAGUAGGAAACAAAAUCAGUCUUUGUUUUAGGACAUGAGAUCUUAGGAGAGGCUCAUAAUUUGAAACUAGUAUGUGACAAUAGAACUUGAGGCCUUGCCUUAUAAAUCCCAGUCUGCCCUAACCUUACUUUCUCAUUUGUUACUUCUCUUCAUGUGCAUCUGAAUCACAUCUGCCUUUGUUCCUUUCUUAAAUGUGUGAUUUGAGUGAGUGACUUAAAUGCUGAGCCACAGUGUCUCUUAUAAACCAGGGAGUGUACCUGCCUCAUUGUGAAUCUUGAAUGAAAUGAUGUGAUAUGCUCAGAGUGAUGCUUGACUCAUAAUAGUAUCAUUCACUAUUUGUUGCUUUAUAAUUAAUCUCAGUUGUUUCAUAUGGUUGAAAACUCGGCUGGCCGGGUUCUAAAUAGCACCUGCCUAUUACAUAUAGGCCUAUAAUGACCUGAUACUAAGCCGUGGACAGCCAAGCAACUGUGAGCACUGACUGCACAUUAAACACCUGUAUUUUCAGCAAAUACAAAAGAAACAACCAGGAAACAUGAAGUUGUUGCAAUUAUUAGUGUAAUAUUUUAAAUUCUAGUUUUACGUAUUCUUGAUCUGAAGAUGACCGCACCAGUAUACCACCAUUCAGAAGGGUGACAGCUAUGCUAUGUAGCUAAAUAGUCUAUAUAAUACAGUUGAAACCCAUCGUUUGAAAUCACUGGUUUGUGCCUACUUAACUAGGCCUGCCCGUGUCUAGCUGCAGUGAACAGCACAGAUGCUGACAUGGCAUACUUCACAAGUCACGGAGACAUAAAUGGAAUGUGGGACAUGGGAAUGAGGAACAAACGAUUGAGUGUUGAGUCAUGAAGAAAGCACAGAAUUCAGACUGACGGAAGGGAAGAGCUACCACCUGAGUUUUCCUCUGGGACCAUGAUGAGAGGCUGAAAGGAAACUGCUGGGAAGUGAAGAGAAAAUAAUAGCUGGCAAACGGAGGCAGAAUGGGCAAGAGCUCUUUCCAAAGAGUGGGUUAAAAGGUUUGAAGUUCUGGGGCGCCUGGGUGGCUCAGUCGUUAGGCAUCUGCCUUCGGCCCAGGUCGUGAUCCCAGGGUCCUGGGAUCGAGCCCUGCAUCGGGCUCCCUGCUGCAUGGGGAGCCUGCUUCUCCCUCUCCCACUCCCCCUGCUUGUGUUCCCGCUCUCGCUGUGUCUCUCUGUCAAAUAAAUAAAUAAAAUCUUAAAAAAAAAAAAAAAAAAGGUUUGAAGUUCUAUAUGCUCAUUUCCCCACCUCCUACGAAAAGACAGACCCAAAGCUCAUUCAGCCUUGCAAACCAGCCAGCUGGAAUCUGCGGAGAUCAUGAUUCGCUUCUUUCAGCUCUGUAAAUCAGAUGUACACAUCAGCCUAGAGCAGAAGAAUAGGACACCCCAACCCCAGGCUUUGCUUUCUUCACGUGUAAGAUAGAAAACCAGAAUACUGAGGGAUUGUGAAGAUUGAAAACCCAAAAAAGUGCCUAAUACUUGGCUUACACAUAAUGAGCAUUGAGUAAGCAUCUGUAAGACACCAAAGAAUGUUUCUAAGAUUUACAUCAAUGGAGAAAAAAAAAGGAACUUACUUGGGAAAACUUGUCCAGACAUAGGCAAAAACCAGUUUUCAUU